UGUAGGCUUCGUCUGUUUAAGCCACCAUUUUACUCCACUGGCGUAGACUGUUUCGGGCCCUUUCAGGUAAAGAUAGGUCGGCGCCAGGAAAAGAGAUGGGGAAUUCUAUACAAGUGUUUGACAACCAGAUGUUUACAUCUCGAUCUCCUCGAGCACCUAGAUACUGACGCCUUCCUCCUUUCUUUACGACGCUUUAUAGCUCGUAGAGGAAAGCCUUUCGAGAUUCUAUGUGACAAUGGCACUAAUUUUACAGGAGGUGAUCACGAGUUAAAGGACGCCUUUCGUCAAAUGGCUCCUGAGCUGCAGGAACAACUAGCUAAACAGCAGAUCCAGUUUUGCUAUAACCCACCAAGUGCCCCUCAUUUUGGCGGGACAUGGGAGCGAGAGGUGAAAUCAAUUAAGACUGCCUUACGAGUUAUUCUACGUGAACAAUCCGUGCCUGAAUCUGUUCUGCAAACAUUGCUAGUGGAAGUUGAGGGCAUCCUCAAUUCCAAGCCCCUUGGCUAUGUUUCAUCGGACAUUGCAGACCUUGAUCCUGUGACUCCUAACCUACUACUCAUGGGACGUCAUGAUGCUUCAUUACCACAAGUUCUUUAUGACUCCGACGAACUCUUGGGGAAACGCAGGUGGAGACACAGUCAGGUAUUGGCCGACCAGUUCUGGACUGCUUUCAUUCGCUUCUACUUACCAGAACUACAGGGUAGACAGAAAUGGAGAUCAGAUGGCAAAGAGAUGGCAGUGGGACAGGUGGUACUCGUAAUUGACAAUCAACUCCCACGAGCGCUAUGGCCUGUGGGUAUCGUGACCGAAACCUGCCCAGGGGCUGACGGGAGAAUUCGAACAGCCAAAGUUCAAGUCAAAGGCAAGAUCUACAUGCGCCCUGUCGUGAAGCUGAUUCCACUUCCUCCAAUGAGGGAUAAUGAUACAGACCCUCCAAACGGCCUUUCUUAAGGAAUACAAUUAUCCUGACUGAUAAUUGGGGGCGGCUGUGUCAGAAAGUCCGUCUCGGAACGGAAAACAAGCAGUGGUCUGACGGACUCUUAUUAUAGUUGCAACUUCCUGCAGGCUGAUGCAAAAGCCAGUUCCAGCCUGAUAUCGCUGUUUUCCCUGAUAUUGUGCAAUGUUGUGCGUUCAUGCAACAAAUACCACAACAUAACAUGAUUGCAUCAUAUAACUCUCCUUACCAUCCUGAGAGUGUAUAUGGAUGUCACUUACUGCCUGACGAAUAUCAUUAAAGAGAAGUUUGAUGAAGAUAUACUUCUCCUGUGCCUGAUUCUCUUACCGGAAUCACUGUCCAUAUUCGUCCGCCUACAGAACUGUAAAUUCUCAAACGUUGCUAGAGGUGCUACUCGG